AGUGUCACCCGACGCCGUCGUUUAUAUUUGUCGGCGCAGCGCUCUGCUAUCACAUAAGAGAAAAAACCUACCGCAGGUUACCGAUUUUAAUAGAUUUCUUGUGAGAAAAAGUUAUUAUUCAUACAAUAUGAUUUCAUUUUCCCGUGGAUUAGGAAAUAUACUAACGCGUAUUGCCUUCAGUAACACCGGUACAAGUGUCCAUUUAGCGAGAACACUGCAAACCACAUGUACAUUAGAUUGUGAAAUUAAACAGCAACAACAAGAAGAACCAACUGACAGUACAUUAGCAGCUGAUGAAGGCGCACCAGAACUACAACAAGAGCAACGCGAGUUAACCGAACAAGAACAAAAAUUAUUACGAAAAGAUCGUUCACGUAAAAUACCUGUAGAAACAUCGAUUCGUUACUUGAAAAGUGACGCAUAUAAACAAACCUACGGUGCUCAGUUUGUGUGGGAACAAUAUCGUCGCAAUCACAAGGGCUUGUUCCCACCACGUAAAACUCGCAAGACUUGCAUACGUAAAGACACCAUAACUACCGGUAACCCUUGCCCCAUUUGCAGGGACGAAUACUUGGUAUUGGAUCACCGUAACAUUGAAUUGCUGAAACAGUUUAUUUCACCACAUUCCGGGGAAGUACUAAGCUACACCAAAACCGGCUUGUGUCAAAAGAAACACUUGCAAUUGCUGGUGGCCGUUGAGAGAGCAAAGGACUACGGUUUGUUAACCUUUGACGUCCCAUAUCGCAAUUUCGAUUAUAGCGAAUUCUACGGAAAGGUUGAAGCUAAAAAUUAGAAAAUUCUAAAAAUCAAUUGUUUUCUAGUUUUAUAAGUUGUUUCGAGUAAAAAAUAUAAAAGUAAAUUUAAACCAAUUAAAAUUUAUAUAUACAGAAAGUUUAAAAAUGGCCCAAAUACAAGAAGAAUCUAAAUUUACAUUUGUCGUUGUGGGAGGAGGAAUUGCUGGUGUAACAUGUGCCGAAACUAUAGCCAUUUGUUGCCCUGAAGAGUCGAUUUUACUGAUGACAGAAUCUACAGUAAUUAAAACUGUUGCCAAUUUGGAACCAGUAGCUCGUUAUCUGCAUAAAUUUGAUGUGCAAGAAAGGACAUUAGCCUCAACAUCUUUGGGAGGAGACAAUAAAUUCUUAGCACCAGCUAUUGUAACCGUAGUAGAUCAAUUAAAAACAAUUGAGGCGGAAUCAAAAUUCAUUUUCACUAAAGAAAACAAAAAAAUUCACUAUAAAUACUUGUGUUUGUGCACGGGUGGAACACCACGUCUUAUCGAAGAUAACAAUUCUUUGAUUCUGGGUAUACGAGAUACAGAUUCUGUUUUGGAAUUACAAAAAAGAUUAAAGAGUGCUAAAAAAAUUGUUUUGGUAGGAAAUGGUGGCAUUGCUAGUGAACUGGCUCACGAAUUGGAAGGUGUUGAAGUACACUGGGUAGUCAAAGAUAAUCACAUUGCCUCCACAUUUAUAGAUCCCGGUGCUGCAUAUUUUUUCCAGCAGAGAAUUGAUCAACAACUGCAAAACAAAGUGAACGAUAGUCCUGCUAAAGGCAUUGUUAAACGUUUACGUUAUGAUGAAAUUGCACCCACAGAAGAUGUUGGUUUUAAAAAAGGUGCAGCUUUAGGACCAGAUUGGCAUCAACAUUUUGAUUUAAGAGGUACUGAUGACAGCAAAACUAAACCAAUCAUACACUUUAAAGCAUUAAUAGACAAAAUGGAAAAAGUAACAGAUACUAAUAAAAACUCUUUAAAUAUUCACCUGACCACUGGCGAAGAAAUAAAUUGUGAUUUCAUAGUAUCAGCUACAGGGGUAGUACCAAGACAGGACUAUAUUUGUAAGCCAGAACUGGAAUUGUCCGACGAAGACAGCGGGAUAAAAGUUAAUGAAAUGAUGCAAACUUCAAAUGAGUUCAUAUAUGCAGCCGGUGAUGUGUGCACUGCAGGCUGGCCCAAAGCUGAGCAUUGGUUCCAAAUGCGUUUGUGGACACAAGCUCGUCAAAUGGGCUGCAUGGCUGGUAGAAGUAUGGCUGCUGCUUUUAAUAAGGAAACUGUAUAUCAAGAUUUUUGUUUCGAACUUUUCGGUCAUGUUACGCAAUUAUUUGGUUUACCUGUUGUGCUACUCGGUCGUUACAAUGGCCAAGGUUUGGGUACCAACUACGAGCUUUUAAUUCGUAGUACACCUGGUCAUGAAUAUAUUAAAUUUGUGUUACAAAACGGAAAACUUAGAGGAGCUAUUUUAAUUGGUAACACGGAGUUAGCGGAAACUUGCGAAAACCUUAUACUCAAUGGCAUCGAUUUAACACCAUUUGGAGAUGAUAUCCUUAAUCCCGACAUUGACAUUGAAGAUUAUUUUGAUUAAAACUUAAAUAAUAAAACUGCUGUAUAUAUAUUUUUGUUACUAUUAAAGAAAUACAAUUAAAUUAUAAAAA